CAAAUAUACUUGAUGAAUAUGUCUCUAAAACUACUAACACUGCCUUUGAAACUACUACUACUAUCUUUGAAACUACUACCAUCUCUGAAACUACUACUACUUCUGAAACUACUACUAUCUCUGAAAUUACUACUACCUCUAAAACUGCUAUUAUCUCUAAAACUACUACCUCUGAAAUCACUACUACUACUGUAUCUGAAACUACUAUUACUCCUGAAGCUAUCACUUCUGAAGCUGCUAUAGAACAACAUAUUUUACAAAUAUUGAAAAUUUAA